AUGUCGGGCUCGACGCUACUGCGAGCGCUUGAUAAUCAUGACCGAGCCGAAACCGAACGUCUUCUUGAGUUACAGCCGGUAGACACUUCGAUUUUGCUAAAAGUGGUAGUGAUUUCUUCUGAACUUAGUCGUCAGGCUUUCUUCUUGUGUUUCCCAAUUGUCUCUUCUCUCACUUGCAUGCAAGAGGAGAUAGCAAUUAGAGAUCCGGACGAACGUGUUGCUUUACAUUAUGCGGCCGAAACCAUGGAUUUGGAAAUGUUCCAGAAAAUUCUCGAACGUGAUGUGACAUUACUUGAUUGUGAGGAUCGUAACGGGCUUACUCCGAUGCUGAUGGCGGUGAUGGGUGGUCGAACGGAUUUGGUGAAGUUGCUGCUCUCCAGGGGUGCCAACAUCGAGCACCGCGAUCGCGAUGGUCAUUCUGCAGUGCAUUGGGCGGUGGUGUGUGGCCAGCUAGAUAUGUUGACUUUUCUUCUUGCCGAAGGUGCCGAUGUAGAGGCACACGAUUUACUGUGGCAUUUUUCGAACGUUUGUUUGCAACUGCAGAGAGCCACUCCACUCCACUACGCGACUGCUGCAGAGGAAACAUCAACUGAAUUAGCAUUAGCUAUACUUCACACUCUUCUCAAAGAAGGAGCGAAGCCAAACUGCAGGGAUUUGGAUGAACGAACACCCAUUCUUUGGGCUGCUAGUAAUGGUAGGUUAUUUAUGGAAAGGAAAUACAUGUUAGAUUCUUUUAAGAGACGUCAGAAAACUGAACUACCACUAUUUUAA